CACCUUAAUUUCCGCUGUUUUCUUCGCGUCACACAAAUGUCUUCCUAUAGUCCAAACUUUUUCUCAUUUUCUUCUUAAAUCUGUUUGCCGGAACUCGUGGGUAAUAUUUUUGCUUUGUGGGGUUGUGUUAAUUUCUCCGAAAAUCAAAGAAAAGUCUCUGUUUUUUCUUGGGUUUGAGUAAUCUUGAAAAGUUUUAGCUGAAAUUACUGUUAAUUUUAGCUUGUGGGUUUUGACUGUUGUCAGAAAAUCUCGCCGGAAUCAUCGGUUUCCGGUCACCGGAAGCAUAAAAAUCAAAACUUUAUGUUUUGUUUUUCCAUAUAUAAUACAUAAAAUCCCGUUUUUACCUCCCCUCUUCUCUUACCCUGUUUUUUUUUUUUUUUUGUCUCUGUUUCAUUCUUUGGUGAGAGAGAAAGAGAGAAAUUCUGUUUUUUUUUCUUUUAUUUUUUUCUCAAUUUCUCUCUUUUUUGUGUUUUUCUUUUGUAUAAUUAAUGACAAAGGAAAAGGGUUCAAUGCAAUCAAAUCUUGAUUGUUUUCUUAAUUGUACAACCCCAUUAGUCCCAUCUCAGUUUCUAGCCAAGAGUGAGAUUAGAAACCUGAAUAGGCUAUGGCAUCCAUGGGAAAGGGAAAAGGUGGAAUAUUUCAAGUUGGCUGAUCUUUGGAAUUGUUUUGAUGAAUGGAGUGCUUAUGGGGCUGGAAUACCUAUUAGAUUGGAUACAGGGGAAACUUUGGUUCAAUAUUAUGUUCCUUAUCUUUCAGCAAUUCAAAUCUUUACCAGCACUUCACCUGCAAACUUUUUAAGGGAGGAGGCCGAAUCUGUUUGCGAGAUGAGGGAUUCUUUCAGCGAUUCGUUAAGUGACGAGAGUGAGAAUGAAAAGCUAUCGAGGUGGGACGGAUGCUCCUCUGAGGAAGGUGUAGUUGAACAAGAUAGCUUAAGCAGAACGAAUGAUAGAUUGGGCUACCUAUAUUUUCAGUAUUUCGAGAGAUGUACUCCAUAUGGAAGAGUUCCUCUAAUGGAUAAGAUUAAUGGCUUUGCUGAAAGAUACCCUGGACUAAUGUCAUUGAGAAGUGUAGAUCUUUCGCCGGCUAGUUGGAUGGCAGUUGCUUGGUAUCCGAUAUAUCACAUUCCCAUGGGGAAAACCAUUAAGGACUUAUCGACGUGCUUUCUCACUUUCCACACCCUUUCUUCUUCUUUUCAAGAUAUGGACCUUGAAGAUGACAUGGAGAAUGGUAGUAGGAAAAGAAAGGAAGGGGAGAGCAUCUCUCUCCCACCUUUCGGUUUGGCCACUUACAAGAUGCAGGGUGACGUGUGGAUUUCUGAUAGAAGCGGAAGGGACCAAGAAAGGCUGAUGUCACUUUUUAGCGUGGCUGAUUCUUGGCUAAAACAGUUGGGGGUUCAGCACCAUGACUUCAACUACAUGAGUAUUCGUCGUGGUUGAUGAAAAACUUGAAUGAUGAAAUCAUCUUUGCACGCUAACAAUGGAAUUGACUACCGGAAAAUCCUUUUCUACUUUGGAAUCUUGUUUUGUCACUUGAAAGCAUGAUCAGCCUUUGAACUGAGAAUUGUCAAUGCAUCUUAUGUAAAGGCAUUAGGCUUUUAUGCAGUCCCUUCCUUUUCCUAAGUCGAGGAUCACAGUAAUCUUAUGCUUGUGAUUUCUGUGACUACUUUUUUGUAUAGGAACGAGCCUAGCUUUUACGCGAUAAAACUUGAUAUGAAGCAUGAGACGAGCUGUAGUGGCUCGUUGUAACUGUGGACUAAAUCGGGGAACAUGAUCAUCGGAUGUCAAUGAAGUCCUUUCUCUUGAA